AUGACGUCUGCCCAUGAAGGGCCUGGAGCUGGAGCAAUAUCUGCUCGUGCGCGUGACCUGCACCGCAAACUACUGGAUCGAGUGCUUCUCCGCAGUGAUACACAGAAUGUAAAGGACGUGUUCCGGCGUUAUGAUCGAGAACGAGCAGGUGUAUUAACGCUGCAACAAUUCAGGGCUCUUGUCCGUGACCACGACUUUCUAGACACUGAUGCAGAGUUACUACUGCGUCAUAUGGGAGCCAAAGACCAGAGCGUGUCGUUCCACGCCUUCAUGGGCGAUGUACAGCUCGGAACUGAGCAGAAUUAUCCGCCUAAGAACGCCAACACCAGCAAUUCUCCCAAGAAAACACAGCAGCUUUCACAGCUGCCUGAACAGAAGAAGAACGCGCAGCCUCAGAUCAAGAGUAAAGCAAAAGGAACAACGAGUAAAGGCGGUAAGCCGGUAGUUGAAGUGGUACAGGACCCAAUGGAAGCCAUCCGCACUAAACUGCGCCAACGAGUUAUGGGUCAUAGUAAAUCUAUCCGUGAAGUAUUCAUGGAGUAUGACGCUGAUGGUAGCGGAUUCCUCGACUACGAAGAGUUCGGGCGCUUCAUGGCCAAGUACGAGUUCGAAUCUGAGGAAACGCAGAUUAUUGUCGACUAUCUAGACCGAGAUCACUCUGGAACGAUUGACUACGACGAAUUUGCGGCAGGAUUACUAUUCUAUCGGCCCCCUGUGCCCGCUCCAGUUGCCCCUGGACACGCUCAAGCACCUUCACCGCCGAAAGCUGCUGAUAAAGUUACUGCGCAGAGAGCGAAGCCUCAACUAUCACAAGCUCAACCUGUACGAACAACAAAAGUAUCGAAAGAGACCGAUUUUCAGCACAUCCUGGCUUCGAUACGGAGUAAAUUGGAUGAAACACUGAAGAAAUCCAAGCAGAAAACUGGUCAGUCUCGCGACAUUAGAACGGAAUUUGAUCAUUAUGACGUGGACGGUAGCAAUAGUCUGGAUCAUCAGGAGUUUGGAGCGCUAUUGGUCGGACUCGGUGUAAAGCUUAAAGCAGCUGAACUUCGCGCAAUAUUGCAGGAAAUCGACCCUGACGAGGAAGAGAGGAUUGAUUUCCAGACAAUUGUGAAGUUACUAAACGUUCCUGAAAGUAAACCGACAAACAGUAAACGUUUGAAGAAGGAGAAGCAGGAACAAAAUAGAUUAGAGGAUGAAGUUCUCGCGAUAUUUAGAAAAUAUGACCGCGACGGCAGCGGAGAACUGGGGUACGAACAAUUUCGGCUCUUAAUGCAUGAAUACGGGGUAAAAGAUGAUAGCGAGAUUGAUGCUAUGAUCGAUGAAAUCGACGUAGAUGGCCGCGGCUCCAUCAGCUAUAGUGAAUUUGCACGAGCGUAUUCUCGUCGGAUAAAGCGUUCUUUGAAAGUGGAUAACGAUAUUUUCGCUACGUUUGAUAAAUAUGACCGCGAUGGAAUUGGCCAACUCGACUACACGGUCUUUCGUCGGCUAAUGUACGAGUAUGGCGUGAAAGAUAAUGCUGAAAUUGACGCACUAAUUGAUGAGAUCGAUGAAGACGGAAGUGGGUCUAUCAGUUCCCAAGGAUUUAAGCGUGCAUUUGAUAACCAAAGGAUAAAACCCUCUCUGAAAGCAGACAGUGAAGUUCUAAGCACUUUCAAGAAGUGUGACGAUGAUGGCACAGAAGGGGAAGAACACGAAUUUUCACGUAAGGCGAGGCUAAAGAACAGUGAACAAAUGAAUGCGUUGGUUGGCAAAAUCGACAGAAAUGACCGUAGGAUAAAACCUGCACUGGCAAAUUCUCUACAGCGCCUAGACCAGGCAUCUGACGCUAAAAACAGCGAUGAGAUACGAUCAGAAAAGACUGCAAAGAAAGCUUCUCAAGAGGAGAAUGAUCGAAGUGCCAGGUCGCGAUUAGUUGCGCUGCAGGAACAAGAAUUGCAGUUUAUGGAGCGAGUACUUCGACGGCAUAAUUCUAUCGAGAACGCUUUCCGGGAAUUUGAUCACGACGGUAGAAACGAAAUGGACUUUGAACAAUUUCGAGAUUUCAUGGGCCAGUACGGGAUUACAGAUGAGGCUAAUAUUUCCAUGCUACUCAAACGGUUGGACGCCGACAAUUCCGGAACGAUUGAUAUCCACGAAUUCUUAUCAGUAUUUAAUGCCCAACGUCUCGCUCGUCAUAAAGGAGGCGCUGCGAAAAGUUUUGCUCGGGAUAAUAAACGCCAGAGUACAGUUGCAACUUCGGGAAUCGCAGAGGAGAGCUUGGUGACGCAACCUCCAGUACAUAUAGGUACUAAAGGUGUUGAACAUGGCGAUAAACAUCAACAUGCAGGUUCAAUUCGUGGAGAUCAAGGCGCUAUAAGGCGAAAUGUAAAAGCCGAAAUUACUAGAGAUCCAACACGUAUAUCGGAUGCAAAAAGCACAAAUAAAACGGGUAGUGCUGCUCGAUUAAGAGAGCUUGAAGAGAAGUGGAUUCGUGGGGCCCUGGCUGGCCAUGAAUUCUUGCGGUCAGCUUUUGCUAGUGUGGACCGCAACCAGGACGGUGAAAUUACUCGUGACGAGUUCCGCAAACUCAUGAAUCAAUAUGGAAUUCGAGAUGAAGGAGACAUUGCCUCAUUGAUGAAGAAACUGGACGUCGACGGGAAUGGAUGCAUCGGAUAUGAAGAAUUCGAAAGCGUUUUCCACGAGACUCGAGUGGGUAAAGUUCCAGCACCUCGACGAAAUUCGGCGGCCAAACCAGUCGCUGUAGUUGAGUCGAAGAAUGCUCGAGGUGCGCGCAUGCGAGACCUUCAGAUUAAGUGGAUGAAGCGCGUAUUGAGUUGUCACGAUUCAAUUGAGUCAGCGUUUUACCAGUACGACGGUGAUGGCAAUGGCGAGUUGGAUCACGAUGAGUUCCGUCACUUUAUGAAGAGAUACGGCAUUGUGAAGAAUGACGAUAUCGAUACGCUGAUUAAACGUCUUGAUACGGACGGAUCGGGGACGAUCUCGUUUGAGGAAUUCUCUGUAAUCUUCAAUCCGCUGAGGAUAAACCCUGGCUCUACCGCUGAAGGAAUCAGUGCGAUGGCAGCCGCUGCUGCUGAGGAAAUCUUCGACCCGGAGGAGCUGGAAUCCAUUUUGGAGAUCGAACGCGAGCUGGCUCAGCGUAUGGCACAUCAAACUCGUGACUUGCGCUUAGCAUUCCGCAAAUUUGACACCAACGGCAACGGUCUGCUAGAAUACAAAGAGUUCCGCAGUGUAUUGAAGUCGUAUCGGCUUCCAGAAAUGGAGAUCCGCAAAGUCAUUCGCCACCUGGAUCGUGACGUAUCUGGGUUCAUCGACUACAAGGAAUUUAUCGCUGGAUUUGGUUCCCUCAAAGAAAGCGGCGUAGCUGCGCCGGUACCUCAGAAGAAAGUUGAGAAGCGUGCGUCACCUGAAAAGGGAAAAGCGAAGCCAAAGACUCACGUUCGUCGCUCACCAGCCAAGCCACAGCGUUCUAAGACGCCAUUACCAGAAAAUCUAAAGAAGACGAUGCUUGAGCGGAUACUCGCGAUUCAUGGAACUGUACAAGGUGCUUUCCGCGAGUAUGACCUUGAUAAAGAAGGCAGUCUCAACGAGGCUCAGUUCGUGAAAUUGGUGCUGGAUUGUGAAUUUUCGAGAGACGAAGCAGCUCUUCUCCUCGAUAUUUUCGAUCAAGAUCAAUCAGGAACAGUAGAAUACCAGGAAUUCUUAGCCCAACUCGUCGUAAAGGGGACACAACAGAGCCAAAUAAGCUUGAAGUCAAGUACAAGUCCAGCAUUGUAAGAUAGACGACGUUCCACGCAAAGUGUCCUAGAUAAGAUUUUAUUUUGGAUUUUUUAAUUACACUUCAACUUGGGACGGCUCAAUUCGGACACAGAAGAUCCAAUCAUUCUGAAAGGUUGCAUUGAAAUAUAACCAGCAAAAG